AUGGUAGACGGAGAUCCAGGUUCACCCACCUGGAAGUUCACACAAUGCUUUGGCGAUAAAGGUGAUGUAGAGGAUAUAACGGAAGCUGAUAUCAUCUCCACGGUCGAGUUCGACCACACCGGCAACUACCUCGCCACCGGAGACAAGGGCGGUCGAGUCGUCCUGUUCGAGAGAAACGAGACGGAUCAAAUCAUACAGAAGAAGACUUGCGAGUACAAGUUCCAUACAGAGUUUCAAUCCCACGAACCCGAGUUCGACUAUCUGAAAUCCUUAGAGAUCGAGGAAAAAAUCAACAAGAUAAAAUGGUGUAGACGGCAGAACGCAUCGCAUUAUCUCCUAUCGACAAACGACAAGACUAUAAAACUAUGGAAGGUGUUCGACAAGUCGCUCAAAGUCGUGGCUGAGAACAAUCUCUCUCGAGACCUUACUCCGGCCGGCGCCGUAAGUGGUGGUGGCAUGUCGCGCCCUCCCCGUGUCUCCUUCAAGGAUUCUUCCUCCCUUAAGCUUCCUCGCAUGACACACCAUGAGACAGUCGUCGCCGCUGUACCGAGGCGAAUAUACGCCAAUGCCCAUGCAUACCAUAUCAACAGCAUAUCAGUCAACAGUGACGGAGAGACAUUUAUCAGCAGUGAUGACCUUCGGAUCAACCUCUGGAACCUGAACAUUCAAGAUCAGAGCUUCAACAUUGUCGACAUCAAGCCUGCCAAUAUGGAGGAAUUGACCGAAGUCAUCACAGCGGCCGAGUUUCACCCCACCAGCUGUAACUGGUUCAUGUAUGCAAGCUCAAAGGGUACCAUCAAGCUUGCCGAUAUGCGGCAGCGGGCUCUAUGUGAUGAGCAUCAAAAACAGUUCGAACAAGAAGAAGACAUCACCUCCCGUUCGUUCUUCUCCGAAAUCAUCUCUUCCAUAUCCGAUGUUCGCUUCUCCCCUGAUGGCCGCUACAUUCUCUCCCGUGACUAUCUUACCGUCAAAAUAUGGGAUGUCAACAUGGAGCGUCAGCCUGUAAAAACAAUUCCCAUCCACGAACACCUCCGCCCGCGCCUCUGCGACACCUACGAAAACGACAGCAUCUUUGAUAAAUUUGAAGUCGUCUUCUCCGGUGACGCCCAAAACGUCAUGACGGGAAGCUAUAACAAUAACUUUAUGAUCUACCCGACUGACCCCACCAAAGAAACCGAGGUCGUACUGCAGGCAGAUAAGACAGCGUUCAAGGCUAAGAAGGUCGGCGUGCCGACGCCAAUCAACUCUAUGGCUUCCACUAACGCUGGAAGGAAGAAUGGAUCGAGGUCCCGGUAG